AUGAACACACAGGGCAGUCAUUCCUUCUCAAUAUCAAGCAAAAUCAUGGAUGCCCUUGACCUUAAGACGGAAAAGGUGAAAGUCUUGACUGUUAAUCUUGACAAUGUUGAGAAGCAUGUCAAUGAUUUGUUAUCAGAGAAAGUUGCUAUGAAGAGCUACAUUGCAGAAGUUAUUGGUAUGCUUUCAGAUAUCAUUGAGACUCGCGACUCAAUGAUCACUAUUACGGUGAAGAAACAUCUUGCUAAAAAGUUGAGGCUUGUCUUCGCAAUGCUUAAUCGACUAGAAGGUGUUCCGGAAUCUGGCUCCAUUCCGAAACAAGGGGGAGAAGGUGUGCCUCAUUCUAAAAACAAAAACACCAAACCUUCAGUCAAGCAAACUGUCAAGAGUGAAUCUGAGCCUAAAGGCAAAGAAAAGCUUUUCAGUGAAGAAUCCAUUGUUGAUAAUAGUGAAGACGAAGAGCCUGAUGAAAACGAACUCAAGAGGAGAAAGGCAUGA